AUGGCAGACGCUGCAGAUGAAAAGGCGUAUGGAGCUCUGUAUUUAGGCGCGCAUGAGCUCAGUGGUCCAUCCGAGCGCUAUGUAUACAUAUUUUGGUUCGUGCUGCUUGGCCUGGGUGUUGUGCUGGGCAUGGUCCACUAUUUUGCGCUUACGGAGCGAACGGUGUUGGGCGUUGUCUGGGGUAAGGUCGCUGCAAUGCACGCGGUGGGCCGCGCACUGUAUGUCCCAACGCAGCGGACGCCGGCGCCGGCGCCGCGCACACGCCUGGCCAAGUACUGGCGAUCGUCCAAGCGCUACACGCUGUACUCGCUCGAUGUGGGCCUUUUUGGCGCGGUGCUGUGCAUUGUAGUGCCUCUCUUGUGCCUUACGUUUAUUGGCGCGGACUAUAUCGAUCCAGAUAGCGACAUGUUUGCCGCGGCAGCCUCAAACGACGGACGGCUGCAGUGGGGCCGCGGCGACUAUGCGCGUGUGAUGACAGAGAAGCCGACGGGCACGCUCCCGUACAAGACAUGGUGGACGAUUGGAAGCCGUGCUGGAGACUUUUGCAAUGCACUUACACCGCUCGCCAUCCUCUUUGCGCUCAAACAAGCGCCGUUUGCGCUCCUAGCCCUGCCUGUGUUUGGCCAAUUUGCAUUCGAUACACUCAUGCACAUGCACAAGUGGACAGCGCACCUUUUGUGGGUGUAUGCCACAGUGCAUACAGUUGCAUGGUGCAUCCAAAUCAGCAACGAUACCGCACACAGGCCUGAUCUCUGGUCGCAGCUGCUCGUCGUGCCGCGAUUUCGCUGGGCGAUCGUCGCAUACAUUUUUCUCACGCUGCUCAUCCUGUCCUCGUUUGGUUUUGUGCGGCGCUGGAACUACGAGCUUUUCUACGUGGUGCACAUUGUGUGCAUUGUCGGGUUCAUGGUCGCGACAUGGGCGCACCAUCCCCAGCUUGGCUGGUGGAUGCUCGCAGGAUUUGUCCUGUGGGGAAUGGAGCGUCUCACGAGACUGGGGCGCGUGUACUGGAUCAACUUUCGCUCGAUGCAGUGGUAUACACCGCCCUUUUCCACCCCCGCGCCCGAGCCUUUUCAUCCGGACCGCUUCGUGGAGUACGAUACCGCGGGAUGGAAGCACCAAAGCUUGGCGUCGCUCAACAACAGCACCGAGCUCGUGUCGUGUGCCUCGCAGUGCUCUUGGGAGCAGCGCUCCGACGUGCGCGGCACUGCGCAUACACCCUAUCCUGUCCUUGUACCCUUCCGCCCUGCCCUGUCGGAUGCAUUGCGUGUCCAGCUCCUUCCGGGCUAUGCGUUUAUCCAGCCGCUGGCUGGGCAGAUGAUGCGUCUUGUGCUGCGUACAGCGUCCCCGCUCAAAUGGCGCCCCGGCCAGUGGCUCUACCUGCACCUGCCCAAGCUCAGCUGGUUCCAAAGCCACCCGUUUACGAUUGCAAGCUCGUUUGUAAAGUACAAAAACGACUUGUUUAUUCCCUACCCCGACCCGCACGCCGACCCCCUUCGCGAUCCGGACCAGCUGAUCAUGCUCCUCAUUCGCGCACGCGGCGGCCUCACCCGCCGGUUGUGGGAGUAUGUCGAGGCAAAAGUGGCGCGGCAGGCCGCAGCGCAAACGGCGCAGGCACCCCCCGCGCGCAUUUUUCCCGCCAAAGGCCACGGCGCCGAGGCCAAGUCCGAGGUGCAAGGCGUGUACCUCCGCGCAAACGUCGACGGGCCGUACGGCACCAGCAGCCGGAUCGACUGGGGCGCGUUUGCAAGCGUCUUUAUUGUCGUUGGCGGCUCCGGCGUUGCGUUUGGCAUCUCUGUGCUGGACUACCUUUGCCGCCAAAUUGCGCGCACACUCCGCGGCGCCGACGUACGCGGCAAGUUUGGCCGUCCGUUUCUGCUCCGACAUGUGCGCUUUGUCUGGAUCAUGCGCGAGUUUGCCCAUCUGCAGUGGGCCGCCAGUGCGCUGCGGCUGUGCCUUGAAAUGCUCCCGCCAGAGCAUUUGAGCGUGCAAAUAUUUGUCACGCGCGUGCAGGAGGAGCAAGUCGCAGUGCCACAGCCUGGAGUGGCACCGUCGUGUAUGCAGCGCGACGAAGAGGUACAACACAUCCACAUGGACCGCCCUGGAUUGGCCGCGCACGUCACGGGCGAGCCCUGGGCCGACGUGCUGGAAAUGGACGAGGCGGGCCUCACCGAGCUGGGGCCGGAAGAGGCAGGGCCGCUCUCGCGUGCGGAUCGCGAAAUGAACGCGUACAUCAUGUACCAGGGCAAGAUACAGCGCGGGGAGGAGCGGUCGUCGCCGAAAUGGUACAUGCGGCCCAAGCGACGCGCCGCGGAGCACAGCGCGGUGUACGAUCUGUCUCCACCGGGAUCGUCCACCUCGCUGCUCGCGCCCGAAUCCAUUCCCAUGCGCCCGCUGCCGAGCCUCGAUGCGCUUUCCACCAAGCCGUACACAAGCGCCAGUUCCAUCUUGUCGGCUGCCGCCGAGCUUCCCACGCGGCCAAACCUCGACGCGGCCGAGAUCCAGGACUUUGACGUGGCGGCCAAGUUUGUCCACGCGGGAUAUCCAAAACUGGACGAGAUGCUGCGGGCGGAUAUGGAGCAGUCGGAAGGGCGCACACUCAUCGUGAGCUGCGGCCCGACGGGCCUGCUUGCGAUUGUGCGCGCGAUUGUCGCGAAACAAAUCCACGUGUGCCGAGGCAUCCGUGGCGAUCUGCGCGCGCAUGCGUGUGUGUACACGGAAUCGUACGAAUGA